UAAGGAAUUAAUAACAAUUAUUACGAAUUGUUUCUAAUUUUUAAACUAACACAGUUUAUCUAUGAAAACCAGAACAACAGUGCAAUUAAAUAUUGUCGGGAACAAGUAUACGCUCUAGUUUGUUUUAUUAAUAAGAUCUUUACAUUGGUCUAGCAAAGUGAAAAGUAAAAAAUAAUAGUGUAUAAGUAAAACUGUCGGAAUUUGUAAGCUGACAAAUGCAAUGAGUGCACAAAAAGUACCUCCACUGACGUAUAAAAUUAUAGCCGAAUGCUCUGUUUCAAAAGCGAGAUCUGGCAUUAUGUCUUUGCGUCAUAGCGAUGUCGAAACACCAGUGUUCAUGCCCGUUGGUACCACUGGGACUUUGAAAGGUGUCUUGCCUGAUCAGUUAUUAGAUUUAGACUGUAAAAUAUUACUAAGUAAUACUUAUCAUUUGGGCUUACGUCCUGGUAUUGAUAUAUUGGAAAAGGCAGGCGGUUUACACAAGUUUAUGGCUUGGCCUAGAGCUCUACUUACGGACUCUGGAGGCUUUCAAAUGGUUUCACUUUUGAAAUUGGCUGAAAUCGAUGAAAACGGUGUUAAUUUUCGUUCUCCAUUCGAUAAUUCUGAGUGCAUGUUAACACCAGAACAUUCCAUUCAAAUUCAAAAUGUUAUCGGGGCUGAUAUUAUUAUGCAAUUGGAUGACGUGGUAAAAACAACAACUACGGGGCCCAGGGUAGAAGAAGCUAUGUACCGCACCAUCAGAUGGGUGGAUCGUUGUUCAGAGGCUCAUAGUCGCGAUGAGGAACAAAGCUUAUUUCCUAUCGUUCAAGGUGGUCUCAAUCCAGAGCUAAGAAAACAAUGUGUAGCUGGUUUGCUGGAACGGCCGGUAAGAGGUUAUGCAGUCGGUGGAUUAAGUGGCGGUGAAAGUAAAGAUGAUUUCUGGCGUACCGUGAAUAUCUGUACAGAUCUCUUGCCUAAAGAUAAGCCACGCUAUUUAAUGGGUGUCGGCUUUGCAGCCGAUCUUGUUGUCUGCGUUGCCUUGGGCAUUGACAUGUUCGAUUGCGUUUUUCCCACUCGUACAGCUCGUUUUGGCUGUGCCUUAGUAAUAUCGGGUCAAUUGAAUUUAAAGCAAAAGAAAUAUUCUUUAGAUAUGCGUCCGAUAGAUGAGAAAUGUGAUUGCAGUACGUGUAAAACAUACACGCGUUCCUAUCUUCAUCACAUUGUCACAGUGGAACCCGUAGCCUGCUCAUUGCUCACUGUGCACAAUAUCAGUUUUCAACUAAGACUCAUGAGACAAAUGCGUUCAGCUAUACAAAAAAAUGAAUUUCCAAAAUUUGUACAAGAAUUUAUGAUAAAACAUUUCGGAAAUGAUCCCAUACCAAAGUGGAUAACAGAAGCUAUGGCGGCUGUAAACAUUCAACUGCUAGAAGAUAAAGAUUUAAUGAAUGAAAACGAUUUGACUUUAAGAAAUUGAAAAUAAAUCUUU